GGGGACCGGCCGGCACUCGCACCCCGCGGCGGGCGGGGCGAGGGCGGUGCGUGCGGCCGCCGCUACCCGGGGAGGGGGUGUUGGGAUGUUAGGAUGUCGGGAUGCCCCCGCGGGCUCCCUCCCGCCACACAGGGCAGCAGCGGCGCGGGCGGCAUGUGCGCCGCGGUCCCGUUCGUCCUCCUCUUCCUCCUCCUGCUGCUGCUGCCGCGGUUGUGGCGGCGCGGAGCGGUGCCCCUGGAGCCGCCCGGCCGGGCCGUGCUCAUCACCGGCUGCGACAGCGGCUUCGGGCACUUCCUGGCGCUCCGCCUCCACCGCCUCGGCUUCACCGUGUUCGCCGGCUGCCUCUGCCCCGGCGGUGACGGGGCGCAGCGGCUGCAGCGGGAAGCCGGCGGCAGCGGCCGCCUGCACGUCCUGCAGCUCGAUGUCACCAGCGCCCGCGAUGUGCUGGCCGCCAAGGAGCUGGUGCUCAGCCACCUGCCCGAGAGAGGUUUCUGGGGGCUGGUCAACAAUGCAGGAAUCUCAACAUUUGGUGAGACUGGGUGGCUGCCUAUGGAGAAGUAUGAAAGAGUUGCAGAUGUGAAUCUCCUGGGGAGCAUCAGGACAACCCUGGAGUUUCUUCCCCUUCUAAGGAAAUACAAGGGACGUAUUGUUUUCAUGUCCAGCAUUAAUGCCUAUUUUACUCUGGGAAAUGGCAUUUAUUCUAUGACCAAGGCAGCUAUUGAAAAAUUUUGUGAUGCUCUAAGACUGGAAAUGAAGAAGUUUGGUGUCCAGGUCUGUGUUAUUCAGCCAGGAAAUUAUGCACGCUUCACAAAGAUCCAGCCACCACUCAGUGCCGAAGAGAUCUGGAAUGAACUCAGUGAAGAGGAAAAGACAGUUUACAAUAAGGAGUAUGUUCAAGAGCGGGCAAAUUUUUUCAACAGCAUUCUGAGCGAAGGAAGCACUAAGGGCAAUGAAGUUGUGGAUGCUAUGGUAGAUGCUUUAAUGUCUCCUGCACCCAAGGCACGUUACAUGGUAGCAAAGCUGAAGGAGAAAGCACUGGUGUUUGUGUGUGCUUUAUUCCCAACUGUUGUGAUGGAUUCUGUUCUGUCUUACGCUCUGAGUAAAGUAAAACUUGGUACUGUUCAGUGACUCAGGCAGAUAUGAACAUUUAAAGAUGUGAAAGCCAGGACUGAAUCUAAUGCCCCUGAAAUCAAUGUAAUGACACCAAUUAACUGAUGCAAACUUUGGAGGGUCUCCCUAGUCAGAACUGUCAGUUAUUCACUGGGAAAAGCAUACAGGAACCCACAUAAAAUUCAUAUAUUUGUUUAGGUGACUUUAUUUCUCCCAUGUGAAAAAAAAACCCAACGCAACCACUUAUGCUGCUUUAGGUAUUGCCUAGAAAAUGUAAUGCUGCUUUUCCUAACACAAUACCAGGUUACUGUGCUACAGACAUGAGGGAGACAAAAUGAAACAUUUCCUACAUGACAACUGAACAUCUGAGAUCAUUACAGCAGACAUGAAAAUACCUUAUCAGUAGGAUACUGAGUAGUAAUUUAUUAGGGCUGAUGGGAAGAGGUUAAUGGAAAAGUUAGGAAUGAGAUAGAGACCUUGAAAUACUUUUAAUGGAGUUAAGUGGCUGUAGAAAGUUAGGAAAUGUCAAGUAAUAAAGUAAUAUGGGAACAGUGUCUUUGCUAACUACAGUUCAGUACUUCUUCAGGUGUUCUGGAUAAAUAUGUAACAAAGCCAGUAUGUCAUGGGCUUUGGAAAGUAAGUAGCAUAUUCAAUUUACAAAUGAAUCUUCAAUCCUAAAUAAACUCUUACCUUUUAUCUGAUGUCUGGAUUAAUCAAUGCUUUAACCUAAAGUGUAGUAGAGAGCUAAA